CAACUUUCUCCAUUUAACAGAAGUGAGUUUGAAGGGUUCUGUAAAGCCAAGGAAAUCGUCAGUUAUUCGCCUCUUUGACAGUUUGGAGGUAGUAGUUUUGAAAUGUAGUACUCGGGGAUGUGUUAAGAACAGAAUGAGUUAUCAUUUAUGGCUUUCCAGUCAAACGGGAAAGAGAAUUUAGACAUCUCACCGGCGGCAACCUAGACUCAGGAUAUCACGGCGGUCGUCGAUAUGCAGUCCAAACGAGAAAGGGAGAGCGACCGCGAACGGGAUAGAAAAGCUUCUCGGCCUUCCAGAGCAAGCUUACACUCGCCAAGGAAUAGUUCUGGGUCUGGUUCAGGUGUGAUGAUGGUGGGACCGAAUUUUCGCGUGGGCAAGAAGAUUGGAUGUGGAAACUUCGGUGAACUCCGACUUGGGAAAAAUCUAUACAACAAUGAGCAUGUCGCCAUCAAACUGGAGCCUAUGAAAUCUAGAGCACCACAACUUCAUCUGGAAUACCGAUUUUAUAAAGUACUCGGAAAUGCUGAGGGAGUACCUCAAGUGCAUUACUUUGGACCCUGUGGAAAGUACAAUGCAUUAGUCAUGGAACUUUUGGGACCAAGUUUAGAGGAUUUGUUUGACCUCUGUAAUAGACAGUUUAGCUUGAAGACAGUGCUAAUGAUUGCUAUUCAGCUGAUUUCAAGACUUGAAUGUGUUCAUUCUAAGAAUAUGAUCUACAGGGACAUUAAACCGGAAAAUUUCCUUAUUGGCCGGAAAUCCUCAGGCAAAGAGAAAACAAUUCACAUUAUAGACUUUGGUCUUGCAAAGGAGUAUAUUGAUCCAGAGACUAAGAAGCAUAUACCCUAUCGAGAACACAAAAGUCUAACAGGGACAGCAAGAUACAUGAGUAUUAACACACAUCUAGGGAAAGAGCAAAGUAGGAGAGACGAUUUAGAAGCUCUGGGGCACAUGUUCAUGUACUUCCUUAGAGGUAGCCUGCCAUGGCAAGGACUCAAAGCAGACACCUUGAAAGAGAGAUAUCAAAAGAUUGGUGACACAAAACGUGCAACACCCAUUGAAGUCCUAUGUGAGAAUCACCCAGAUGAGCUUGCCACAUACCUGCGCUAUGUUCGUAGACUUGAUUUCUUUGAAACUCCAGACUAUGAGUAUUUAAGAAAAUUGUUCAAGGACUUAUUUGAGAGAAAAGGCUAUGUUGACGAUGGAGAGUUUGAUUGGACACACAAGCAAAUUCCUAGCCCUAUUAAUUCUCUGAGCCACUCAGAUCAACACAAUCAAAGAGAUUCUCAGCUUCCACCUGGAUAUCAGAAAGGAAAUGAGAGAGGAACAACCACUUCUGCAACAAACAAGUCUGCGCAAGACAGAAAAGGUGCCUGGGCUGACAAUUCACAAGCCCUGAAGUCUGCUGGACUACUGCCACCAACUGCAGACAGAUUAGGGGGCUCUGUACAGGUGGUCAGUUCAACGAAUGGAGACCUUGGUCCUGAUGAUGGCCGACACGAGAAGGGUGUUACCCCCAUACAUGCACAACAGCAACCCGAAGUUGAAGUUGUUGAGGAAACAAAGUGUUGUUGCUUUUUCAAAAGGAGAAAGAAGAAGAAGCAGCCAGUGGCAAGACAGAAAUGAUAUUUGCCUCCCUUAACAUUUGGCUCAUAACCAAUAAUUGUGUAGUAUAUUGAUAAAGAUGUUGGAACCUUUUGUAGAAAGUUGGGUCAAUUUUAUAAUGAAAUGAGAUGGACUUAAAUAUAGAAUCAGAUCCUGAGUCUGUUAUUAUUCCAUGAAGGCUUGAUACAUUGCACAAAAUGAAGAAGAAUGUCUAGUUAAAAUAGUGAAACAUUUUAAUCUAGUUAAGCUUAUUUGGAACAAUGAGUAUUUAAGGUGAUUGACAGUUCAUGUGUGGAAAAGUCUUUGCCGAGACUUCUUCAGUUGAUUUUUGAUAGUAAUGUCACCAGAUCAUGCAGACAGUGCAGAAUUUUGUGUGGAUCUCUAAAAGAUAAGAUAAGAUAAGGACAACACAUCAAUAAAUUGGGACUGUCGAUCACCUUAAACAAUGACUAUGGACAUGAUCCAACCAUUUAUUUUGGACUUUUAUGAAGUUUGUUUCAAUGAUUUCUUUUCUAUCUCAUCAGUGAUUAUUUUUUAAUGUGACAAUUUUCUUAUGUCCCUAUGGCUUGCUUCAAAUAAAACAUUAAAUUUAAGACAAUCAUUUAGUAUCUCAACUGAGAACAUACACUGUCACACUUUAGUGGCACUCCUAUUUAUUUUGUUGGAAAUUUCAGUACAUGUACAGGAUUGAGACAGACUAAGUUGAGCAGUGCAAGGUGUUGCAUUCCACAUCUUUGAGUUUAUCUGCCAUCUCCUCGUCCAACUUCUGUGCUUUAGACUAUCUUUCAGUGGGCCUUUUCCUUUCUGUGACUCUUGCUUUUUCUAAUAGGGCUACUUGGUGGUCUGUUGGGCUGCUAAAUGAACUUCAAUUAUUUUAAGCAUCUAGCAAUUAUUGUCUAUCUCUAUGAUCAGAGAUCUUUGAUACUUGAGAGAGAGAAGUAAUAACAGGCUCACUUUUACUUGUCCAAUAUCUCAAAAGCAAUAAUUAUAAUUUAAUUAAAGUCUUGGCAGUGUUAUUUUAUCAGGGGGCUGAAUUAGGACUGAACUCAAUUUACAUCCAUUUUGUCCGAUAUACAGCUAGUGCUUUCCAAAUCAAAUUGUUACUGGUUUAAAUAGAGCCUUUUGCUAAGUCAGAGCAUUCGGAAACUGUUAUUUCCAAGUUAUCAUUAUGAUAUUGGCUAACAUCUGUUCAAGAGGAUUGUUAAUCAUUUCAGGUUCAUGUGCUGUUGGAAAUGCCAAUAACACUCAUAAAACACACGAGACUUUCCAAUGUUGCUCACUUAAAAACAUUUCUUCACUAUGGGCACCUUUUCAUUAUUUGUAUGUUGUAAGCUCUAACUCGACAGAGUUUGCAUCCUAUUUGUAUGGCUUAACAUUAAACAGCUUCAGAAUCUAUCA